UAGCAAUGGCACUCACAGUCCAUCUUAUCAUUUUAAUGCAUGUUUGCACCCUUGUAGUUGUUAGGAGUGAUCCUCUCCCUAAACCCAAUUUCUCAUCCAUUCUAGUUUUCGGGGAUUCAUCAGCAGAUUCAGGUAAUAACAACUACAUCAUGGGGAGUUUGGCUAAGGCAAAUCAUUUGCCCUAUGGCAAGGAUUUUCCAGGUCAUGUACCUACAGGAAGAUUCUCUAAUGGAAAAUUGGUAAUUGACUUUCUUGCCUCUAUAUUAAAUAUCAAAGAUGGUGUCCCUCCUUAUUUGAACCCAAACCUACCAAACAAAGAACUUCUAACAGGUGUUUGCUUCGCAUCUGGAGGAUCAGGUUUUGAUGAUUGCACUGCAGCGUCAGCCAAUGCCAUAUCGAUGACCAAACAAAUUGAGUACUUCAAAGCUUAUGUAGCAAAGCUCAAUCGAAUUACAGGAGAAAAUGAAACUAAACAAAUACUUGGAGAUGCUCUUGUUAUUAUUGGUGCAGGUUCUAAUGACUUUCUUCUCAAGUUCUAUGACCGUCCUCAUGCAACAGUGAUGUUCAACAUUAAUAUGUACCAAGAUUACCUGCUUGAUAGGCUUCAAAUCCUUAUUAAGGACCUAUAUGACUACGAAUGCCGAAAAUUUCUUGUCAGUGGGCUUCCUCCCAUUGGUUGCAUACCUUUUCAAAUAACAUUAAAGUUUGAAAGGGAUAGGAAAUGUGUAUUGCAAGAAAAUUUUGAUGCUGAGCAAUAUAAUCAGAAAUUGGUGCAGAGAUUACUUCAAAUACAAGCUAUGCUUCCUGGAAGCAGACUUGUUUAUCUAGACUUAUAUUACUCCAUACUCAACCUAAUCAACCAUCCUGAAAAUUACGGUCUGGAGGUAACAAAUAGAGGGUGUUGUGGGCUCGGCGCAUUGGAAGUAGCUGCAUUAUGCAACAAACUCACACCAGUAUGCAAUGACGCUUCAAAAUAUGUAUUUUGGGACAGUUUCCAUCUUAGUGAAGUAUCAAACCAGUAUCUUGCUAAGUGCGUUGAAAUAAAUGUCCUGCCCCAGUUUUGUAAUAGUAGUUAGUUCUUAGUGAGAACUAACUACAACAAUAUUCUCUUCUUAUAUUUUAAGUGAUGUCUUUAUAAUUUGCACCUCGAAUGUAGUUAAAUAAUUCAUCUUUGUAAUAAUGGACAAAUUUAUAUAAGUUCUUCGUUUGUUACUGUUUAU